AUCGAAGUAAUUUGCAAACCGAUAGCAACCUCGAAGCGAGACACAGACGCAUAUAUUGGAAAACGUUGUUGAUAUUAUUUGUGACUUUUCGUUUAUUUAAUUUUAUUCCAAAAAUAGUUCCGCUACACCGUCUUAUUAAAUUCAUACCUACGCUCUUUCUCUCCUCAGACAAGCGGCUUUUGAGAACAUUUGCAACAGCGACUAACAACUAAAAACCUAAAUUUUUACAAGAUGCCGGAGAAUCAGCCCCCACCAGCGGCAGAUGAGGGAGAGGUGGAAACAUUCGCUUUCCAGGCUGAAAUCGCUCAGUUGAUGAGCUUGAUCAUCAACACAUUUUAUUCGAACAAAGAGAUUUUCCUCAGAGAAUUGAUCUCCAAUUCUUCUGAUGCCCUGGAUAAAAUCAGAUAUGAAGGAUUAACUGAUCCAUCAAAGCUUGACAGCGGUAAAGAUCUUAAAAUCCGCAUCAUUCCUGACCGAGACAACAAAACUCUAACAAUUGAAGAUACUGGUAUUGGUAUGACCAAAGCAGACUUGGUCAACAACUUGGGUACCAUUGCCAAAUCUGGAACCAAGGCUUUCAUGGAAGCUCUUCAAGCUGGUGCUGAUAUUUCUAUGAUUGGUCAAUUUGGUGUAGGUUUCUACUCCGCCUACCUGGUAGCUGAUAAAGUAGUAGUUUUGUCAAAGAAUAACGAUGAUGAAGCCUAUUUAUGGGAAUCCUGUGCUGGUGGAUCUUUUACUGUUAAACAUGUUGAAAAUAGUGAGGUGACUCGUGGAACAAGAAUUACUCUAUAUUUAAAGGAAGAUCAGACUGAAUAUUUAGAAGAACGUAGAAUUAAAGAGGUCAUUAAGAAACACAGUCAGUUUAUUGGCUAUCCAAUCACAUUAUUAGUAGAGAAGGAGCGAGAAAAGGAAGUCAGUGACGACGAAGAGGAGGAAGAGAAAAAGGAAGAUGACAAAGAUGAAGAAAAGAAUGAAGAAGAUAAACCAAAAGUAGAAGAUUUAGAUGAAGAUGACGAGGAGAAAGCAGGAAAAGACAAGAAGAAAAAGAAAAUCAAGGAAAAAUAUACCGAAGAUGAAGAAUUAAACAAAACUAAACCCUUGUGGACAAGGAACCCAGAUGAUAUUACUCAAGAAGAAUACGCAGAAUUUUAUAAAUCAUUGACCAAUGAUUGGGAAGAUCAUUUAGCUGUUAAGCAUUUUUCAGUUGAGGGUCAACUUGAGUUCCGUGCUCUGUUAUAUCUACCUAAACGAGCUCCCUUCGAUAUGUUCGAGAACAAGAAAAAGAAGAAUAAUAUAAAGUUAUACGUUAGACGUGUUUUUAUUAUGGACAAUUGUGAUGAAAUUAUUCCUGAAUAUUUGAACUUUAUCCGUGGUGUUGUAGACUCUGAGGAUUUACCUCUAAAUAUUUCUCGUGAAAUGUUGCAACAAAGUAAAAUCCUGAAAGUUAUUCGUAAAAAUCUGGUGAAAAAAGCCAUGGAACUGUUUGACGAUAUUGCUGCAGAUCAAGACAAUUUCAAGAAAUUCUACGAACAAUUCAGCAAAAACUUGAAGCUUGGUAUCCAUGAAGAUUCUACAAACAGGAAGAAGUUAGCUGAUUUAUUACGUUAUUACACUUCAAGCUCAGGUGAUGAAAUGACCUCUCUGAAAGAAUACGUCUCCAGAAUGAAAGAAAAUCAAAAAUCCAUCUACUACAUUACUGGUAAGUCUCUUCGUCCUUAA